AAUAGAUUUUGAAGCUUUGACUUCAUGUGAGAGAGAGAGAGUACGAAGAUCUCAUUCUCAUCCUUCUUCGCACCAUAUUCUUUCUCUUUGUCUCCAACUCUGAAAAAGACUGCUCAAAACCACCAAACAUCACCACAACACAACACAACUAUCUCGUAUUCGUAGAAUUUCCAUCUUCAAUUACUGUUGUUACUACUGUUAAUUUCGUGAUUGAGCAUUUGGAUUACGUAGGUGAAGUGAAUCAUGUCGAGGAAAUGAAGCUUGGAUUUGAGGAGAAAUGGGUUGUGUGAUUAGCCGAGAAGUGGAAUCGGGUAUUGUUUCGGAGGUGAGGGAGGAGAAUAAUUUGAGAGUUGAGUCGAGUAGGAAGGUUGAAGAAGUGUCGACGAGUAGAGGUGAUGGGAAUGUGGUUGAGGUUCAUGUGAAGAAGGUUAAGGAGAAGGAAGAGAAGAGUGAGGGCGAUGGGAUUCAGCGGGCAAAGGGUGAAAGAAGAAGAUCGAAGCCAAAUCCAAGGUUAAGUAACCUGCCGAAGCAUUUGCAGGGGGAGCAAGUGGCAGCUGGAUGGCCGUCUUGGCUUACAGCGGUUUGUGGGGAAGCUCUUAAUGGGUGGAUUCCGCGAAAGGCUGAUACAUUUGAGAAAAUAGAUAAGAUCGGUCAAGGAACAUAUAGUAAUGUUUAUAAAGCUAAAGAUACGUUAACGGGUAAGAUUGUUGCAUUGAAAAAGGUUCGAUUUGACAAUUUGGAACCUGAGAGUGUAAAAUUCAUGGCUAGAGAGAUCCUUAUACUGCGAAGAUUGGAUCAUCCCAAUGUUAUAAAGUUAGAAGGUUUAGUUACAUCUAGAAUGUCCUGGAGUUUGUAUCUGGUGUUUGAUUACAUGGUACAUGAUUUAGCUGGACUUGCCGCAAGCCCUGACAUCAAGUUUACAGAGCCUCAGGUAAAAUGUUACAUGCAUCAACUGCUAUCAGGACUUGAGCACUGUCAUAAUCGGCAUGUACUUCACCGCGAUAUUAAAGGAUCAAAUCUUCUGAUUGACAGCGAAGGAGUACUCAAGAUUGCCGACUUUGGACUUGCAUCUUUCUUUGAUCCAAACCGCAGGCAUCCAAUGACUAAUCGUGUGGUUACCCUUUGGUACCGGCCUCCUGAGUUGCUUCUGGGUGCCACCGAUUAUGGUGUGGGUGUGGAUCUCUGGAGUGCUGGUUGCAUUUUAGGAGAGUUAUUGUACGGGAAACCAAUUAUGCCCGGUCGUACAGAGGUGGAACAACUGCAUAAGAUAUACAAGCUUUGUGGUUCACCUUCUGAAGAGUAUUGGAAGAAGUCAAAGUUGCCCAAUGCUACCUUGUUUAAACCUCGAGAGCCAUACAGAAGAAGCAUAAGAGAUAUUUUUAAAGAAUUUCCACCUUCUGCUCUGCCCCUCGUGGAUACACUUCUUGCAAUCGAUCCGGUAGAACGGAAGAGUGCCUCAGAUGCUCUGAGAAGUGAGUUCUUUACCACAGAACCUUAUGCUUGUGAUCCUUCUAGUCUUCCAAAUUAUCCUCCGACCAAGGAAAUGGAUGUUAAACGCCGCGAUGAUGAAGCAAGAAGAUCAAGAGCUGCUGCCAAAGCUCGAGUUGAAGGGGGAAAGAAGCAUCAUCGGACACGUGAUCGUGCUGUAAAAGCUGCUCCUGAAGCCAAUGCUGAGCUUCAACACAAUAUUGAUAGAAGGCGUCUAAUAACUCAUGCUAAUGCUAAGAGCAAGAGUGAAAAGUUUCCUCCACCGCAUGAAGAUGGACAACUCGGAUUUCCUUUGGGAGCUUCAAAUCAUAUUGAUCCAGAUAUAGUUCCUCAUGAUGUCUCUUUGGAUUCAAUGUCAUAUACUUUUUCAAAGGAACCAUUUCAAGCUUGGUCAGGUCCCAUAGGUAAUACUACCGGCAACGGUUUCACAAAGCGGAAGAAAAACACUGCGAAUACUGCCAACGAUGCAUUGGAUUUAUCAAAACCAUAUAAAGGAACCCUCAAGGAUAAGAGUAAAGGAAAGAAAAUCAUAGCUUAAAUAUACUCAUUUUCACAUUCUUAGAGUCGAAUUAUAAAAUCAAUCUCAUUUUUUGGUUUUGGAAUCCAAAUGCUGUUUGAUGCACUUCUAAAAACAUGUCAUCCUUGCUUCCUAAGCGAAGUUAAUUCCUUAUCAAGGUGUAAACCAUUUCCCCCCAUUUUUAAACCUUCAUUUUUUUUCUUCAUAGCUUUCAUUUUUGGUUUUCAUUUAGAUAAGAAUUUUUUUGAGAGAGGUGGAGUCUGUUGGUAUGAUAGAUAAUUACUGUGAUGUACAUUGUGAUUUUUUGUUUUUGUACUCUCAUGUCAAUAUCUGAAAUCUGUUUAAUUUGUUGAGAAUUGCAAUAAA